UGUUCUUAUGGAGGCCAGAAAUGAUAUCAAUAUGGACAGGUCAGAUGAGAUCCUCAUGCCCGGGUUCCGGUUUCACCCGACUGAUGAAGAACUGGUCAGCUUCUACCUCAAGAGGAAGAUCCAGCAAAAGCCUAUCUCCAUUGAGCUCAUCAGGCAGCUGGACAUCUACAAAUAUGAUCCAUGGGAUCUCCCAAAGCUUGCGAGCACUGGUGAGAAAGAGUGGUACUUCUAUUGUCCGAGGGACAGGAAAUACCGCAACAGCGUGAGACCAAACAGAGUCACAGCAGCUGGGUUCUGGAAGGCCACAGGGACAGACAGGCCUAUCUACUCCUCUGAGGGUACCAAGUGCAUAGGCCUGAAGAAGUCUCUUGUGUUCUACAAAGGGAGAGCGGCAAGAGGGAUGAAAACUGACUGGAUGAUGCAUGAAUUCAGGCUCCCUUCACUUAACGAUCCCUCGCUCCCCAAGCGACCCAUUGACAAGACCAUUCCACUCAAUGACUCCUGGACUAUCUGUAGGAUCUUCAAGAAGACCAGCUCCAUGGCACAACGAGCGCUGUCGCACACCUGGGGGCCUCCACUGCCAGGUGCAACUGAGGCAGAGAUGUUCGCUGCGUUCCAGUCAGUGCAAGCUUCAGAGUUUGCUCUGGAGAGCUCCUCUUGCUCACUGCAAGCUGCACAACCUGCACCUGCAAGUCAGUUCACCAGCAGACAUGGCUUGCAAGGUCACCAGCAGAACAAGGUGAACAAUCCAUCUCUAGACGGCUCUUCUUGCAAGCUCAUCAACUUCAACUGCAGCCAGUCCCUAGAACCCCAGGAUGUCAAUGGCGGCAUCGGUAGCAGGAGCCAGGACUCAUCCACCAGGAAGCCUGGCAAUGGCUUCAGCAUGAACAGCAGUGACUGGGAAGCUGUGGGAAGGAUCAACUUCCCUUUUGAUCUGGGUGCAGAUUCUGCAGAGGACUGGAGAUGCAACAUACCCUGGGAGUCCUUCCUGAGCCCAGCUGCUGUCCAGACUGAGCUACCACACUAG